AUGACUGUGAGGUACCGGGGAACUUACACCGUAAAGCCUGAAACCGCGACGUGGGUUGGCCACCUACCACUCUCGGAGCUGGACCAAAUAGGCACCAUCACCCAUGUGCCCAACAUUUACAUCUUCAGACCACCCCCUGAAUGGCUGCACCCGGUCGACGCCAUCUUCGGCACUCUCCGGGGUUCGUUGAGCCGCGUGCUGGUCCCAUUCUAUCCGCUCGCGGGAAGGCUCAGGUGGCUCGACGGGGGACGGCUCCGACUCGAUUGCAACGCCAUGGGCGUCUGGUUCAUCGAGGCCGAAUCUGAUGGCGAGCUCAACGACUUGGGCGAUUUUUGUCCCCGUCCGGAGUUUGAACAGAUUGUGCCAAGCGUGGACUACACGAUGCCGAUCCAUGAGUUGCCACCAUUGCUAGUUCAAGUCACCAAGUUCAAGUGUGGUGGGCUUGCAUUGAGCGCCUCCAUAUCUCACGCGGUUGCUGAUGGGCCAAGCGCUGCUCAUUUCAUGACUGAGUGGGCCCGGCUCGCCCGCGGCGAGCCACUGGGCAUCGAGCCGUACUAUGAUAGAAAGGUUUUAUGGGUGGGCGAAGAUCCAACUGGCCCCCUGCUGCCGCCGCCAAACUUGGAGCACUCCGAGUUCGACCACCCGCCGCUGCUGAUCGGCCACACUAGCGACCUAGAACAGCGUAAGAAGAAGACCACCAUGGUCAUGCUAAAGUUGACGAAGACCCAAGUUGAAACCCUAAAGAACGCGGCGAACAAGGACCGAGCCGGCCACCACCCACGUCCCUACACCCGAUAUGAGACGAUGUCCGCGCACAUAUGGCGGUGUGCGUGCAAGGCUCGCAAACACAAGCCCGAGCAGCCAACCACGCUGUGCAUCUGCGUUGACGCCCGCAGCCGCCUACGGCCAUCCCUAAAGCCUGGAUACUUCGGCAAUGCAACUUUUGACGUGGCCGCUGCUGGCACAUCCGGUGAGCUGGCAUCAAGCCCGCUUGGUUGCACCUCGAGCAAGAUUCGAGAGGCCAUCGAGACGGUGACCCACGACCAUGUGAGGUCAGCCAUUGAGCACAUCCGGAGACAACCGGACCUGACCAUGUUUCAGGAUCUGCAUGCCCUAGGAAGCACACAAGGGCUUUUCUAUGGAAACCCUAAUCUCGGCGUGGUGAGCUGGUUGACGCUUCUGGUGUACGGCCUUGACUUCGGGUGGGGGAGAGAGAUUCACAUGGGGCCUGGGAACCACGAUUUCGACGGCGAUUGUCUGGUUCUUCCAAGUCUUGAGGAAGAAGGUGGGUUGGUGGUGGCCGUGGGCUUGAAAAUAGCGCACAUGGAAGAUUUCAAGAAGUUCUUCUAUGAGGAUAUCGUUGAUUAA